ACAACUCACACCCCUCUCUCUCUCUCUCUCUCUCCCACUCAUCUCCCUCUACUUCUCGAUCCCUCUCCUCCCACCAAAACCCUAACCCUAACCCUAAUUCGAUCCUCUUCUCCUUCCAUGGAGCUCGAUCGCGAGCUCCCCUCCUCCUCCUCAUCGUCGUCCUUGUCCCCGACGUCCUCCUCCCUGAAGCAGAAGCUCCGCUCCUCGAUCUGCUUCUCCUGCUGCUUCAACGUCCACGGCGGCUCCGGCGAGGACGGCGGCGGCGGCGACGACUGCGAAGAUCGGCCGGUCCCCAUCGCGCGGCUCCUCCCGGAGCUCGGCGAGCGGUGGCGCGACGUGGUGGCGCGGAUCGGGAGCCGCCGCCGCCGCCUCGCCGGCGAGUUCAGGUACGACCCCCUCAGCUACGCCCUCAACUUCGACGAGGGCGCCGCCGCCGACGACGACGACGGCCCCCUCGCCGGCGACGGGUUCCAGUUCCGGAACUUCUCCUCCCGCCUCCCCCCGUCGCCGCCGCUCACGGCGGCGGCGCCGGCGAUCGCGUGAUUAGGGUUUUCCGAUCAUUUCCUUCCUUUGGUCCGUUUCCUGUACGCGUACGUAUAGCUAUACGUAUAUAUACAUAUAUUUUU